AUGGCGACCCUCGCGGCGAUCCGCCCGAGCGAUUCGCGCCUCGGCGCCCGCCUCAAAGUCGGCGGCACCGGUGGGAGGAUCGCACGCAAAACCGUCACCGCGGGCGCCGGGCGACGAACGACCUCGACGCGCCGCGGACCGGUCUCGAUCCGCGCGCACGCGUCGUCGUCGUCGCCGUCCAUCACGUCCGCGCCCGACGGCAGCAGGGAAGCGGACGUCCUGAACGCUCUCCGCAACGUCAUCGACCCGGACUUUGGCGAGGACAUCGUCAACUGCGGAUUCGUCAAGGAUCUCCGCGUGUCCGACGCCGGCGACGUCACGUUCACCCUGGAGCUCACCACCCCCGCGUGCCCCGUCAAGGAGGAGUUCGAUCGCCUGUCGAAGCAGUACGUGACGGCGUUGGAGUGGGCCAAGUCGUGCAACGUCAACAUGACCGCGCAACCGGUGACCAACGACAUGCCCGACGCCGUCGAGGGCCUCAAGGGCGUCAGGCAUAUCAUCGCGGUGUCCUCGUGCAAGGGGGGCGUGGGCAAGUCCACGACGUCCGUGAACCUCGCGUACACGCUGCGGAUGAUGGGCGCCAAGGUUGGGAUCUUCGACGCCGACGUCUUCGGCCCUUCGCUUCCCACGAUGACGUCCCCGGAGCAAGCCGUGCUGCAGAUGGACAAAGAGACGGGAUCCAUCACGCCGACGGAGUACGAGGGCGUCGGCAUCGUGUCGUUCGGUUUCGCCGGUCAGGGCUCCGCGAUCAUGCGCGGGCCCAUGGUGUCCGGUCUCAUCAACCAGAUGCUGACCACCACCGCGUGGGGCGACCUGGACUACCUGAUCAUCGACAUGCCCCCGGGCACGGGCGACGUGCAGCUCACCAUCUGCCAGGUGCUGCCCAUCACCGCCGCCGUCGUGGUCACCACGCCGCAGAAACUGGCGUUCAUCGACGUGGAGAAGGGCGUGCGCAUGUUCAGCAAGCUGCGCGUUCCGUGCGUCGCCGUGGUCGAGAACAUGAGCUACUUCGACGGGGACGACGGGAAGCGAUACAAGCCCUUCGGCGAGGGCAGCGGUCAGCGGAUAUGCGACGACUACGGCGUCCCGAACCUGUUCCAGAUGCCCAUCGUCCCGGACCUGUCCGCGUGCGGCGACACCGGCAGGCCGCUCGUGCUGGUGGACCCCGCCGGCGACGUAAGUACCAUCUACGGCGCCGUCGCCGCCAAGGUUGUGCAGGAGGUGGCGAAGCUGCAGGCGGGGCCGAAGGGGUCGCUCGCGCUGGAUACGGAGGGCGUCGCGGGCGUGGACGGCGCGCUGCGGGUGCAGCUCGCGGACGAGGGCGGGAUGCCUUUUUACGUGCGGGGUUGCGACGUUCGACGGAGCGACAAGAGCGCCACCGCGGAUGGCGAGAGCAAAAAGGCGGAUUUCCUCAUGGACGGGGUCACCCCGGUCCCGGACGACAUCGCGCCGGUGGAGGCGCACGUCGUGGGGAACUACGCGGUGCAGAUAUCGUGGCCGGACGGGUUCUCGCAGGUGGCGACGUUCGCGCAGAUCCAGGCGCUGUCCAGGCUCCCGGCGGGCGCAAAGGUCGGGGCGUGA